GGCUUGGAGCCGAUGGGCGACGUGAUCGACGAGAUCUCGAAUCACAUGAGUGCGAUGUCGAUCUCGGUCUCGAACUUGGAGCAGGCAGUGGCGCAGCUCACCCACAUGGUCGUCGAGAUCGGCACAGCGGUGAUGGGCCUGGUGCACAUGGCCAACAACCAGGCGGCGAGCAGCCAGGCGGAGGCUUCGGGCUCACAGGCGGGUGCUACGUCGUCGGGAGCCGAGGCCGACCACCCCGCGACGACCACCUCUGCGACCGAGGUGCAGCAGCCAGCGAGCGGGCAGGAGGUCGAGGUGCCCUGGGAGGUGGUCGACGAGGCCGGGAGCACCGAGAUCUAG